GGGGUCCUUUGAAAGCAACCCAGAUAUAUUCUUAAGGACCAAGGAUAGUAUCUCAUCAUAACUUACUAAUUCUUUCUUUCUUUCUAUUUAUCGUCAAAUACACCUAGGUUCUUAUCUAGAGGCAUCCGUAAUCCACUGCUACUGGAUACGGAAGCCCGUUAUCAAAAGUCGCUGCGUUGGCGGGAUUUCCGGAUGACAGUCACAUCGCGUGAUAAUGAGUAGUGUACAGAUGAAGAACGUGGACAAGGUACUGGAAGUGUCAUCCACUCCAAUACACUCUAGAGGAUGUAAUUCUGGCUAUGAGGAGCAAACGAAGGAUUCGCGUCUCAUAUUAUCAUCAGCUAAGAAAAGAUUGUCUAGUAAAUCAAACUCAGAAACCGGAAGCUUCGACUCAGCAUCAUAUACUGGAUCUAGUUCAGAUGAUGAUGAUGAAGAAAGUCAACAACGUGAAAAUCCAAAGGAACGUUAUUUGAAACCUGGACUUAGAGCUGUAAACUCUAGAGGAUUCAAUGAUUUCUGUGUUCAAAAAAUCCGUCAAGCUUCUUUUGGACGUAGAGAAAUUGAAAUAGCUGAACAAGAAAUGCCUGGUUUGAUGGCAUUAAGAAAGCGUGCUAAAACUGAUCAGCCAUUAAAAGGAGCCAAAAUUCUCGGUUGUACACACGUGACCGCGCAUACAGCUGUACUACUUGAAACAAUGGUAUGUCUUGGCGCUCAAGUUCGAUGGUGUGCUUGUAACAUAUAUUCAACACAGAAUGAAGUGGCAGCAGCGUUAGCUGAGUCCGGUGUUCCUAUUUAUGCAUGGAAAGGCGAAACUGAAGAGGAUUUCUGGUGGUGUAUUAAUCGUUGUAUAUCUGCUGAAGGUUGGAUACCCAAUGUAGUUUUGGAUGAUGGUGGGGACUUAACUCAUCAGCUGCAUAAAAAUUACAAGGAACUACUGUCUGGUAUAUGUGGAAUAGUUGAAGAAAGUGUGACAGGUGUUCAUCGUCUUUAUCAGUACGUGAAAUCUGGCACAUUGGGAGUGCCGGCUAUGAAUAUUAGCGACAGUAUAACAAAGUCAAAGUUCGAUAAUUUCUAUUUGUGCAAAGAAUCAAUUGUUGAUUCUCUUAAACGAACUACAGAUAUGAUGAUCAGUGGUAAGACUGUAUUGGUAUGCGGUUAUGGUGAAGUUGGGAAAGGUGUUUGUCAAGCGUUAAGAGGAUUAGGAGCUUUCGUUUGUAUUUCGGAAAUAGAUCCGAUCUGUGCACUUCAAGCUUGCAUGGAUGGUUAUCGUGUUGUAAAAAUCGACGAAGUUAUACGUUCAGUGGAUAUUGUGGUUACUUGCACCGGGAAUAAAGGUGUCAUUACUCGGGCCCAUAUGGAUCAAAUGAAAAGUGGUUGUGUCGUAUGCAAUAUGGGUCAUUCUAACACAGAAAUCGAUGUUCGAUCUCUUCAAACACCUGAUUUAACAUGGGAGCGUGUUCGAUCACAAGUGGAUCAUGUUAUUUGGAUGGAUGGUAAACGUAUUGUUCUUAUAGCUGAGGUUAGAGCAUGUCUUUCAUAUGAAAUGUUACUUCUGUUUUCGUUUAUAAUCAUUUUUUAUUAAUUGAAUAUGGGUUUAUUUUUCUCUUCAUUGUUUGAUAUCUUCAAUAGGGUGGUCAAACCAAAACGUAGUAUCAGUAUCAGUCCAUGAAGUUAUUGACUGUUGGUUUGGUCUAUUUUUGACAAGUGCGAACUACCUGGUUAGUGUCCGCAAAAUAUCUGCAGUCAGGGUCGUUUGGCGAAUUUAAGCUGUUCAACUGUUCCAUCGAUUGUUGUCUCUGUUAGCGCCAGUACUCAAAUAUUAGCUUUGAUUGAAUUGUACAAUGCUCCUGCUGGUCGUUAUAAAAAUGAUGUGUAUUUGUUACCGAAAAAAAUGGGUAAGAGUGAUAGUUUAUGUGAAUGAUUGUAACUGUUUACUAUGUUCAUCCGUUUGUUUGUUGUUUUUUUUUUUGCUUAUAGUAAAAAAUAUGUUUAAUUAUCUGUUUAUAAAUCUUUUACUAUUGAACGGUAACUUUUCGUGUACAUUAUAGUGCAUCAUUUUAUGUUGAUUAUGUGAAGGCGUGAAAGGUCGACAGGUUGAAUCCAUUGUUUGCAUGAACACUUGACCAAUCAAGUGAAUGUCUGUAUUAUGUCUAAAAUUUACUCCAAGUCCCAUCUUUGUCCCCCAGGAUGUGAUGUUUUUUAGCAGUUUGAUUCAUCAAUUAAUACAUACUUGUUAGUACUCACCAAAUUAUCUAUUCAGAGAAGAUUAAGGUUAUGGUGGAAACAUUAUUACUGAAACUUGAAAAUUUAUUCAGUAUCCAUGAGUAUAUAUAUAAGUAUUGACUCAGACAGGGAUAUAUGAAUAAUGACACUGGUCAAAAUAAUGAUCAUCUCACACACAAUAGACCCAUUUACAUUUGUAUUUUUCUCCCACUGUUUGGCUUUCGAAUAACAUAUGGUCUGCUCAGCCUUAUAACAUGUAAUCUAUUCGAAACUGUCCGGCCUAUCAGUUCUCUCUCUUGAAAAGUAGGUCUUUUACGGAUUGAAAUGUUUGAUUUGGGAUGAACGAUAUUUUCUUGGUAGUCUUUUUAGAGUCUAGCCACUGUAUCUGAGGCCGAUAUAAAGGACCAGUUAAUAUGGUCUAAACGUAUCGACAAGACAGCCUAAAGACAAAUUAAACGUAGUCAGUUCUUGAAAUGUUUCAUAUUUUCUCGGAACUGUGUGUAAUUCAUAGGUGUUAAGGAUUUCUUCUUGAUACUUGUUUCGCAGAUCACGGAAGCAGCUUUCCUUUAAAUGACACUUUAUGAAGUUGUGCACUCAUGAAUUGAAGGCUAAAACUGAUGAAAGUCGCUAGUCUAUAUGAGAAGCGUUCUACGAACUAUAUUAUUCACAUAUAACUUGCAUACUGUCUUCCGUAUGACAGUUUAUUAAAGUUGGGGAUAUUUUUUAUGUGUGAAUGCUUUCAAGCUCUUCUUCACUCAUCUGGUGUUUCUUUCCUGUAUUCAUUUUUGUUUGACUGAAAAUAAUAUUUUUACUUGUUCGUGACCAGUUACAAUUAUUUGUUUUUUUAGUUGAACGACGAAAUCUACUUAUCUACGCAUUUACUUCACUUUUUAUUAUUGUUUGUCUUCGCUUCCCCUUGUUUUAUCUAGGUAUUCUUCUUAUUGUCAAGUUUAAAUUAAAUUCUUAUUACAAAUUCUCUUUUCGAGAUCAUUUUUUUUAGGACAAAAGAAUCAUUAGGUGUGGCCAAAUUUUCUUCUCUGCUAACCUUUUCGUGUUUUUUUCCAUUCACUCUACAAGAUCAUCUCUUUGUUUUGUUUUCUCGGAUAAACAAGAGUUGCUUUUUGUUGUAUAGUUUAACGUUUAUUCAUUAUUCCACUGUGUUAUUUAUUGAAAGAAAAUGAUAUAAAUCAGAAAGUCAUAAUAUAUAAUUUAGUAUUAAUUUUAGUUUGUCCUACUUCCUUGUUCCAUUUUUAUUUCACUUCACAAAGUUAUUAGGUUUUUGUUAUAUAAAUCCUAAAUGUUUCUCCAUUACUGGUGUACAAAGAUAUUUUAGGUUAAUUUUAUUAUUUUUUUGAUUGGAUAAAUUGUGUUGCUUUCUGAAUUUUUCACUGUGUUUGGCAAGCUUUAUUACAUGUCUUAAUCAACUCCGUCUACGAUGAUUCACCACACCUCAUCAACCGAUUUGUCAUGUUCACCUUAUAUUUACGUUAUACUUAACAUCAUCAUGGCUCAUUCUAUGAUCUCAACAUAUGAAAUAUUUUGAUCAAAUAGAAUGUAAUUAUUAAACCAACGACUGAGAUCAUUUGGUGGGAUUAACAAUAUAUCAUCUGAAAGGCUUGAAUAUAUGUUUUCUAUGUAUGAUAUUCAAUUCGCUUUUAACAUGCUUCACUAACAAUAGUAGACAAAAUUUUAUCAUGAUGGGUUCACCCAUCUAAGCUCUAGUUUAUUUAAAACAUAUAAACAAAUAUAACCAGUUGUUUUUAUUCAUUGAAAGGAAAUAAAUAACAUGAACGAAGUUAAUUUAUCACAAGAUUCGUGAUUUUCUGAAAUGAAUCGGUUGAUGUAAUCGAACGUGAAAAAUGACUUUUGAUAUUUUUAUAUUUUAUCGUAUUAUCAUAAACGUGUGCUUUUUUGACCAAAUGACAUAAAUAACUUUGUGGAAGUCUGCACCAAGACUUUCAUUUCCAAUUGAAACUUAACAAUAUUUCAUCGAUUGGUUAGUAUUAACUCAAAAUUUCGGUUUUGUAUACAGUAACGAGGUUGUUGUUUUAUUGCAAUUGAUAUUGUUGUAUUUUCUGAGCUAGAUGAUUUAGUUUACAGUGAUCUUAUUGUCGUUCUAGUCGAUAUUAUCAGUGCUUAGUUCAUAUAGAAGUGUAGACUGUUAUAAGAGUGUGUUAUUCUUCAUUGUUUUUUUUGUGUUUUUUCUGUAAAUAUUGUCGUUAUUCUAAAAUAUCACGUUCCGAAAGUUCAUAGUUGUUAAUGUAUUGUAUUAAUUUAACCAUUUUUUUGUUGAUACUACAGAUGAAUAUGUGGCAACAUUGCAUCUUCCAUUAUUCAAUGGUCGAAUAACUGAACUCACUGAUGAACAAGCUCGAUAUUUAGGUGUAAAUAAAACAGGACCAUUUAAACCGAGUAACUACAAGUAAGAAAAUAUUAUAAGGUUUUUUCAUUAUUAGCACAUUAAGUCGAACCAAACUAUACUUAUUCACAUUGAGGAAUAAAUAGAAUAAUAUUAUCCAAAACUGUCAUACACUAUAAAAUUGUCUUUCUCACCUCUUUUUACUUAUCGACAAACUAACCAAAGGGUUAGUUUCACUAAGAUUCCUGGUAUACUUGUUGAAAUUGCGUUACCUGAGCUGGGUGGUUCAAACAUUAAGCUGUCAAUGUUUUUUGUAGAUAACAUCAGUACAAACUUUAGAAGAAAGUUUAGUUUUGGAAUUUAUCAACAAGUAACUACUAACAACUUGUUCUGUCUACUUAAAAUUUGAUUGAUCAUUGUUUGAACCUAUCUCACUAUUAUCUACACAUUCAUCUUGUUUAUCUUGUCCUGGUUCUUGAUUAUUUGGUUGCUUUUGAUUUUUCUAAUUGGUUGGUGAAUUGCGUUUAUUUCAUAAUGUAUGUUAAAUGUUUACUGAUUUCAGUCUCAAGCUUACAGAAAUCCUCUCAUUUUCUUUGUGUUUUUUCUAACUAAAACUUUGCCGUAUUUGCAGUUUAACAUGUGUCCGUAGUUGUCUAUAUGUAUUAAUAUAUGCUAACAUAUGUCUUGGGAUUUGACGGCAAAGUGGGAUUAUUGUAGACGACGGUGAAGAGAAUGAGCUCUCUGUAUUAUGUAGUAUUUUUAACGAUUUUGUCUUUGGGUUUACAUAACAUUAACUGAAGUGACUUUGCUGGGUUGAGGCCGACAUCUGUUAUUUGAGCUGGAUGGUUUGAUCACGGAGCUUUCAUCGUUCUUCUUGCACAAACUUCAAGUAGAAGUGAAGUGUUUGAAUUCCUCCACAUAUGACUCACACCUUGUCCUGUCAACCUUGAUCCUAAUUGAUUAUUGUUGACCAUCAAACUGUCAUUGUUUACUUCUCUAUUUAGAUUGCAUUUCCCUUAACUAAAUUCUUAUCGACAGUAUUUUAUGACCUAUCCGUUUAAGAGGUGUAGUAAGAGCUCAAAAAGGUGAAAACUUAUUCAGUUACUUUUUCGUUUUUUUGCAUAUGAUUCUAUACACUGCAGUUCGUAUGAAGUAGAUGAUGAGUUUUAUAAGAAGUUUUCUGGUCUUAAGCUUGCGAGGGACAAGCGUGGUAGUCGUUCCAGGCAGUGUUAACACUAAAGCAGAUAUUCUAAAUCGAGUUGGGAAAUAAUAAGUUGGGUCAUUUAGUGUAUCAGUUGAGCGAACAAUUAACGGUGGUCGUUUCCUGCAAUUAUUGUCAGAUAGUCGUAUUCCCCUUUCAAGUACGAGGUUUAAUGAUAAGGAGAUGUUGUCUUACCUGCAUCACACGCCCUAACACAACUAUGGGUACAUAUAAACAUAAUAACUAUCACUGGUCAUCGAAGAAGUUCGAUAGAUAGGUGCCUAAGCAUUCCUUCUAGAUAACAUGGUUAUAUAUGUAUGAACUUGCAAAACACCCUGAUGAUAAUAAGAAACAAACUUUUAUUCCGUAUUCAUUUAUGUAUGACCCAUUGUGUAUAUCUGUACUGUUCGUAAUAUAAUAUAUUUCAUUCAUGCCUUUUGCUUAGUCUCAAUUUAUAAAUGUAUGUUUUACCUUCAGUAACGUUUUAUACGUCUACAUUUCCGUUGUAGAUUUUUUACUUCAAGUAUUCAUUUCAUUGUAUCAGAUUUUAGAACAAACUAAAUUUUAUUUCGGCAUAUUUUUCCUAUAUUUUAGAUACUAAACUUGUUCUCAUUCUUCGUUUCUCCUCAUGCACUGACUGCUGUUACAUUUAUUGGAAAAUGUCUUCCUGUUCAGCAUGUAUACGUUGUAUUUAUUUGAUUUUCGUAGAAAGUAUGGUAGAAUAUUACAUCUAAUGUACUCUAAAUAAAUAUGUUGAAGUACGAAUUUCUCAUUCUCUUACUCUGUUUAUUCUCAUAACUUUCAAUUACAUUCCAAUAACUAUUGUGUAAAAGAGUUGCUUUGUAUUAAUCUAGUAUAUUUUCAUGUUUCACCAUUAAUUUAACUUAUGUCUUUCCUUGUUAAUCUUCUUUGUAGAUUUAGCGUUAAAAAAGAUCAUUUUUUAUUUUGAUUACAUAUAUUAGUUUGAUUCACCCUCACGGUAAUUCUAUUAUCUGCCUCAUAAAUACACUGAUAUAUUAAUGUUAUCGAAAUGUUAAUUAGCCUAGGGUUGUCUUCAAGUAUCACUCUGUGGUGACGCUGUUAUUUUUCCUCAUACUGAUUUCUGUGUCAUUAUGGCGUCCUGUAUCUUUGUUAGUGAAUCCUGUUGAAUCUAUCGGAAUAUUACGUAAUUAGUCGUGUUUUAACUAGUUUCUCUUAAUCAGACAAGCAUUAAUAAUUCAUUCAUUAUAAUUCUAAUUGAUUUGUCUUUACCAUGUAUUAUUUUUGUAUUUUUUUCGUGAUUUCCCCUCUUGCAAUUCUAUUUAACCAUUUACUUUCCUCAUUCAUAACAUACAGCGUUCUGUUUGACCUUGUGUAGAAUACAGAUAGUUAUUUAUAGUCUGUAUGUAUCGUCUAUAUGAUACUUGCACUGUUUUUUUUAAUAUUGAAUAUGAUAUGAUUCUACGCACAUUCACAUCAAUUUUAUAAUGGCUGUGGUAAGGACUAGAUCUUUUUUGCUUGUAUCCACGUAUUCUUUAGACAUGUUACAAUAAGUAAUUCGACAUUCAGUAGUUUGCAGUGUAGAUUACUUUAUCUGAUAUCCAAAUGUUACUUACUUUAUGAACGGUUAUUUUGGAUAGGCUUUUGCGAAUCAAUGUUGAAUAUGUUUGACGAUCUACUGAUGUGUCCAUUAUACGUAACACUAAUGAGAGUUUGAUGAAAAGCCUGUGAUAGAACUCUAAAGUUUUUGUUUAUUAACCUGUAUGUAAAAUAAUAGGGAAACAUCCGGUUUUGUGUCUGACGAUCGUUA